UCCGGCCUUUGUAGUUUGUCUUUGGGCUGAGAUUGUCAAGGACUCAGAGGUGGUGCGUUCUGGGCUGGGUGGCCUCUCCUCCCGUGGAUGCCCGGUUUUGGGAUUUCCAGAAGAACAGAUCAAGGGGGAAUUAUCAAGAAUAGAUUCUUUUUUUGAAUAGUUAAGCCUUAAAUGGCCACAGCCUUGGCCCUUCAGACUCCAGAGAUGCAAGAGGUACUUAUGGCAGUGAAAGUAAAAAAGGAAGAGAGGGACUAUGCCUGUGGGCAAGAGUCUGGCCUAUCAAGAGAUAACAACCCUCAUACCAGAGAGAUCUUUCGUAGACGCUUCAGGCAGUUCUGCUAUCAGGAGACACCUGGGCCCCGAGAGGCUCUUCGAAGACUCCAGGAGCUCUGCCAUCAGUGGCUGAGACCAGAGGUGCACACCAAAGAGCAGAUCCUGGAGCUGCUGGUGCUGGAGCAGUUCCUGACCAUCCUGCCCGAGGAGCUCCAGGCCUGGGUGAGAGAGCACCGCCCAGUGAGUGGAGAGGAGGUGGUAACUGUGCUGGAGAAUUUGGAGAGAGAGCUGGAUGAACCAGGAGAGCAGGUCCCAGCCCAUGAUUAUGAACAGGAAGAGCUUAUGAAGGAGAAAGCAACUCCAGGAGCAGCCCAGGAGUCAUCAAGUGGCCAGCUCCAAACCUCAGAAGAACAGCAUCAGUGUAACUUCCAAGACGUGUGCCCGGUUCAGGAGAUUGAUAAUAAGGCUGGGACUUGGAAUGUGGAGUUAGCCUCAAAGAGGGAGCUUUCUGAAAAAAUUAAAUCUCUUGUGGAAGUACCUGGAAAACUGAAUGGUGACAUUAUUCAGAUGCCUGAAUGUGACCAUGAGGGCAGAUUGGAAAGGCAACGGGUAAGCUCUUCGGUGGAGAGACCCUAUAUCUGUGGUGAAUGUGGAAAAAGCUUCACCCAGAAUUCCAUCCUUAUCGAGCACCAGAGAACGCACACAGGCGAGAAGCCCUAUGAGUGUGAGGAGUGUGGGCGGGCCUUCAGCCAGCGGUCAGGCCUGUUCCAGCACCAGAGACUCCACACUGGGGAGAAGCGCUACCAGUGCGGCGUUUGUGGUAAAGCCUUCAGCCAGAAUGCCGGGCUGUUCCAUCACCUCAGGAUCCACACUGGGGAAAAACCUUACCAGUGCAAUCAGUGCAGUAAGAGCUUUAGUCGACGUUCUGUCCUCAUUAAGCAUCAGAGAAUUCACACUGGAGAAAGACCUUAUGAAUGUGAAGAAUGUGGCAAGAACUUCAUUUACCAUUGCAACCUCAUCCAGCAUCGGAAAGUCCACGCUGUGGCUGAAUCCAGCUAGCUCCUUGGAACAGGUAGGGCAAAAUUUCCUGCCGUCAACCACUAGGCAAAAUAGCAAUGGUCCUGGUUCUUACUUUGUCCCUGGAAGAAGAAAAAUAGUUUAAUCCUCUAGUAUAGGAAGCUCCAAGGAAAGCCAGUGAAAAUGUCCUUAUUUUUAUGCUGAGAGAAACAUAAUAAUAUCUUAAAUACAUCUGUUGAGUUCUCUGUGGUCAGUGACAUCCACGACUUUGCAAUACUGAAUAUUGUUGUGUCGAUUUCAUCGACAUAGUCUCAC